AUGGCGGCAGACUGGUCGUGGGCGCGCAGGGCGUGGGAGAAGUGGGCCGCGAAGCACGUCGGCCCCUCUGGGAAGCCAGUCCAGGCCGCACUGCUGCUCAACUACGACCCCUCCGGGCCAUCUCGGCUCCUUCCCGUCAUAGCAGAGCAAGAGAGAACACAACUUUCAGCUCUUGAUAUGCAACCAUUCCUGGACUUUGUCAAGAGGGGUAAUCUGCAGACUGAAUUCUUCUCUGUUGGGCCGAACCAAUGUAUGAUGGUUCUCUUGCUUCAGCUUCACAAGCAAUGGUGGCUGCUGAUCAGUUUGCGAUUCAGUUUAACCGCAGGAGUCACUAAUUUACAGUAUAAUUUCAUGAGUGAUGUUGACCCGCAAUUUGUUAUUGUUUGGGAUCGUGCCAAAGGGCGCCUAGCUCAAACGUGUGAAGCUGAAGAAGCUCAUGUUGAAUUUGUGUUUCCAAAGCAUUCAAAAGCUUAA